AUGCUUGCUUCAACCUUUUACCGCAAAGAACUGCCAUCGCACCUUGACAGUAUCACUAGCGUGAAUGGAAGGAGAUUAUUCCGGGAAAUGAUCGUAGCAGGCACGAGUGAGUGUUUCUUUAGCCUCUGUACGUCUUUUAAUACCCAGAGUGACCCUGCUUUUUGUGGGGUCUCCUCCUUAUCGAUGGUCCUCAAUGCAUUGGAGAUCGACCCGCGUAGACAGUGGCGUGGUGUAUGGCGCUGGUAUUCGGAGGAGCAACUGGACUGUUGUGCCAGUAUCGAUGAGAUGAAGCUCAAAGGCAUUACUUUUAAUCAGUUUGCUUGUUUAGCAAAAUGUCAUGCCAAAGUGGUUGCAAAACGAGCAGAUCACCAUACUCUUGAGGAAUUUAGAAGGGAUGUUCAAACCAUUGCAAGUUCUGAAGGGACCCAUUUAGUUCUUUCUUUUUCCAGGGCCGCGCUUGGUCAAACAGGCACCGGUCAUUUUAGUCCAAUAGGUGGUUAUCAUGCUAAAGAGGAUAAAGUGCUCGUUCUUGAUUCUGCGAGGUUCAAAUAUCCACCCUUCUUUGCUACGGUUCGGGAGCUCUGGGAUUCACUCCUACCGAUAGAUCCCGAGACAGGAGUGUGUCGAGGAUAUUUUUUGGUUUCAGCAACAGCGGAGCAAAUGCUAGAUGUUGAAAGACGCCGAGUUCAUAGAUCUCUUUUAGAGAAAGAGGAAACCCCAGUGACUUCCUCACUUCCCUCGAUAUCGUCAUCUGUGGAAUCGCUACGGCUCUAUAAGCCUGACUUGCAACAACAUAAUAUAAUAGCGGAGGAAGAAGAUGAAAUUGGGUGCGGAUGUAAUUGUCAUGCUUCUAAAUAG